AGAACACGCAAGACCCGACCGGACAUCUCCGCUUUUCUAUCUGUCAAUUUUGAGGCAAAAAAAAACAAAAAUAUAGAAGAACUGAGGCAGUUUCCGCAAGAAAGGUGCUGCUCGAGCCACGCCCUAUACUCUCUUCCACUCUUCUUCACUGCUCUAUCUCUUUUUGCGCUGCCAUUUUCAUUGCGAUGCCUCGACCGGCAACCGAAGAAGACGACGUUCGAGCGAGCACCACGUGGACCAAUAGCCAGGAUGUUGAGGUGUACGGAGCCGUCGAGCCGACUGACAAAUCCUCGAUGACAACCCUUCAACACCCCGAUGUGACGGCUACCCCAACAAUGCCGAAAAAGGUCUCCUUUGCCGCUGAAGUUGAUGAACAACAAGAGCGUAUCAGUAAAGAGAGUGCUAGACGGGAUGCAUGCUGCUGUAUUCAAUGAUUAUCAUUUCAUACUUCAUUGCCAAUUUUCUAUUUUCUUUUCUAAUAUCUUCAAAAAAUAUUAGCUUAUAAUGAUGAAAACCACAGAUUUCACGGGACCAUUUCAGUGUGCUUUUUGCAUUUCUGUUUUUUUUCUUUUAAUUUUCAACAUUUGAAAACCAAUAAAUGAUUUAACUCUGAC